CACGAGCCAUGCAUCAAAACGACGCACGUUUUAAUUAAUUAGGGUUAAACAAAUUAUUUAUAAUGAAGUAUGUGACUUUCAUUCUAGUUUUGUGCGUAAUAAGUGUAUUUGGUAGAGUGGCUGAAUUUGAAAUUAAAAAAGAUGAAAUAACUAAUUUGAUACUAGAUGUGAAUCCAGUAAAAACCCAAGAAAGUAUUGUAAAUAAUACCGAUAACGCGGUUCACGAGAGUCCGAUUCAUGAAAACACGACCGUUACGGAGAAAACGUGCGACACACGAGUCGAAGAUAACCUACUAGACGCUAAUCAUACUAAUACUAAUAAUACAAGUAGUAAUCAACCGUGUGAACCACCAGCUAAAGUCGAUAAUGGAACGGCGUUGAUAUUGACUCCUUACCUCAAGGAAGGUAAGGCAAGGGAAGCGAAAAGAGCUGCAAGGGUGGAUUCGAAACUUUUCUUGGGAUUCAAGAGUUAUUCUGGUUUUCUGACUGUGAACGAAACGUACAACUCGAACAUUUUCUUCUGGUACUUCCCGGUGCUGAACAAGCCGGUGAACGAGAGCCCAUGGAUCAUCUGGCUGCAAGGAGGGCCGGGAGCCUCCAGCUUGACAGGACUUUUCGACGAAAUUGGACCUUUUACCGUCGUUAACUCAACUUUAAAACGGAACCCUCACACAUGGCUGCAUAACCACUCCUUGCUUUUCAUCGAUAAUCCCGUCGGUACUGGAUACAGCUUCACUGAACAUGUCGACGGAUUCACUACUGAUAUGGCUACGUAUUCAAGCCACCUCUUCAUUGCUCUGAAGCAAUUUCUGCAAAUAUUCCCUGAACUGAAGUCGGUGCCGUUGUACUUAGCUGGUGAGUCUUAUGCUGGGAAGUACGUUCCUGCAAUGGCCAUGGAGAUACACAAACGAAAGGACAAACUGGGUUCAGAAAUUAAUCUACAGGGUCUUAUAAUUGGAAACGCAUACGUGGACCCUGAGGUGAUCUCACACAUAGCUUUGCCCUUCCACUACUUCGGUCUCCUGGAGAAAGAGCAGCUUGAAAUGGUGAAGCCUCUGAUCGACGCGUUCCAGGACGCAAUUAGAAAGAAUAAUAGUAUUCAGGCUAAAAAUAAAUGGAACAGUUUAGUGUCGGUGCUUCUGUUCAUAUCCAGCCAGAAGCACGGUUACAACUUCCUUAGCGAUGACCUCUUAGUCGGGAGGUAUGUCAAAUUUCUGAAGACCACACCUGUCAAGAGGGCCAUUCACGUUGGUGAUAUCAACUUCGAAUGGGUCAACAUGACUGUGAACGUUAAAUUGGCGCCAGACUUCUUGAGCUCCACUAAACCUAUGUUCGAAAGACUUUUGGAACAUUAUCGAGUGCUUGCUUAUUGCGGUCAGUUGGACCAGAUGCUGCCCUGCGUGUUUACAUCAGAGAACUAUCGGACCUGGAAAUGGAGCGGCUCCGAAGAGUUCCUGAACGCCACCAGGUUCCCCUACAUUUUCAACAAUAAACUAGCUGGAUAUCACAAGACUGGUGGUCGUUUUACGGAGGUGGUGUUUCGAGGAGCCGGUCACAUGGUGCCUCUAGACAAGCCAGCUCCCGCCGAGAACUUGGUAGCUCGUUGGACACACAGUAAACCUCUCAGCCGUCGAUACGGAUUGCUCGAAGGAUCAUACAUUCAAGAAUACAUCAGGAACAAUAGUAUAUUACACUACCUCUGAUCAUAUUAUUUAUGUUUAUAUUUAAUAAAUAAUUCGUUU